CGCGAUUCUCGCCUCGCCUCAGUCAGUGCCGCGGGUGACAUUGGAGGGAGAGGUUACGUCGCUCCGUGUCUCUUCCUCCUCCCUUCCAAAGCUUUAGUUGCAAGAAUCCCGCUAAGUGCUUUCACCUUCCUGCUUUUCCCUCAAGUUCCCGUGGCGUGGGGAGCAAAGGGGCACCGCGUCCGUCCCCCAUUGCCUGGUGAAAUAGAGAAACUGUGUGCAUGUGUGUGUGUUGACAUGAGAAACGUUCAGGGAAAUGAAAGUAAAAGGGAAAUAAAAUGUAUUUUGUGAUAUUGAAGUGCAAAGGAGGAGAGAAGGAGACGAUGCAUGUUGUGAAAGCUCUGACAUGAACUGCUGUGCCGGGAGGAGGCGGAGGGAGAGAGACAGACAGACAGACGGACAGUGAAUAAGUGAAUGAAUGAAAAACACAAGAAAAAACAAGGAAAAACUAAUAAUAAUCCUGUAACAAGCCACUUCUCACAAAAAGAUGACCUAUUUCGCGAGUGUCAAGGGGCGUGACCUCCUCCCGGGUGUGAGUGCCGCGUCAGGAGUGCCAAAAGGAGGCAGGCAGUCAAACAAACACGAGACGAGGGUUGGGAGUGUGUCUGGCCUGCGUCCCAUGGUGGUGGUGGUGGCGACGGUGGUGGUGGUGGCGGGCUGUGUGCAGAGAGGGGCGUGUGUCCCUAGCGGCGACAGGGACAAGAGGGAUAUUAUUGAUGACAGAGUGCAAUGGUACCUGAUGCAGUAUGGGUAUCUCCCCGCCUCGGACAUGGAGACAGGCAACCUACGCACCGAGAGACAGCUGAGAGAGGCGAUCAAAACAAUGCAGCGGUUCGGCCACAUCCCAAUGACAGGAGAGCUGGACGCGGCCACGAGGAGACUGCUGAGGACCCCGCGCUGCUCCCUGCCUGACGUGAUGCCCGGGGAAGGGAAUGACUUCAGAAUACGUGUUAGAAGAUUUGUGAAGCAGGGCAAGAAAUGGGACAAGCUCAACCUGACGUGGGGUGUGCGAAGGUACCCGACCAAGAUGCGGGACUCAACAGGAGACCCUGAGCACAUGUACCGCUGGGAGAUACAGAGAGAGUUCCGACUCGCUACAGAGGUUUGGGGCCGCGUGUCACGUCUGGAGUUUACUGAGUUGGAGAGUAAACCAGAGGAAGCUGACAUCAUCAUUGACUUCAACACAGGCUACCACGGGGACGGCUACCCCUUUGAUGGCCAGGGACGCACUCUGGCCCAUGCGUUCUACCCCGGCCAUGGCAUUGGUGGGGACAUGCAUUUUGAUGAUGACGAGCCCUGGGUGCAGCACCAAGACUCAGAUAACACCUGGGAGCGAGUCAGCCUUUUCAUCACAGCAGCACAUGAGCUAGGUCACGCGCUGGGCCUCUAUCACUCUGACGUGGAGGGCUCCCUGAUGAGUCCCUACCUCAUCCGUUUUCCCAGCUCCUUCCGCCUCCCUCAGGAUGAUGUUAGGGGCAUCCAGGAACUGUAUGGUGUGGAUGAGAAGUAUAAAGAGGACCCCUGGCCAUCUACCAGCACCACCACUACUACCACCACACCCCGCCCUGCCGCCACACCCCGCCCGCCGCCCCGUCCACCCAAGAGUGACAAGCCAGACACCUGCAACACUGAAUAUGACGCCAUCUCUGUCAUCCGUCGAGAAAUCUACAUCUUCAAGGGCAAGUACUUCUGGCGCGUGGAUGCCCAGGGGAACCUGCUGCCGAACUACCCUGCAAAAAUCAACCGGUUCUGGUCCAAACUGCCCAAGAACCUCACCCACAUUGAUGCUGUGUACGAGCGGAUGACUGACGGAAAAAUUGUGUUCUUUAUAGGGAAUAAGUACUACGUGUGUCGAGGGAACCAGGAGCUGCUGAAGGUUGGACGCCUCAAGAACUUAGGGCUGCCAGCGACUCUGAAGAAGAUUGAUGCUGCGUUUGUGUGGGGGUACAAUGGCAGGACCUAUCUGUUUGCUGAGACCAUGUACUGGAGGUUUGAUGAGGCAAUACAGCACGUGGAGCUGGACUACCCCAGAGCGAUGGACAUGUGGCGUGGCGUUCCCUACAACAUUGACUCUGCCUUUAAACACAAUGGCACCACUUACUUCUUCCAAGGCAAAAUGUUCUGGGAGUUUGACGACUUUAGAAUGAGAGUGAAGCCUAAGUCACCAGCCCUCUCUGCCCCAUUCUGGCUUGGCUGCCCUAACAUCAAGAACCCUUACUACCCCAAGACAACCAUAGAGACGCAAGCUACCACCGCCUCCGCCACACCACCGUCGCACCCCACCACAGUCACGCUUCUCAUGUGUGCGGUGUUUCUCAUCUGCUUUGGUGUGGUGUAGUGGUGUUUUGUGGUGUUUGUUCUUGUUCUUGUUCUUGGUUUUUUUUUUUGUUUGUUUGUUUGUUUUUUUAAGGGUGUUUUUUUCUAAGGUUCAUUUUUUUCGUUUUCAUUUCUCAUUUUCGUUUGUUUUCGUUUUUUUUUUCUUUCUUCUUUUUGUUUCCCCGCUGUGUUCUCUUCGGUUUAGGGUUUGGUGUGUUCGUUCAUUUGUUUGUUUGCUUGCUGUGUGUGUGUGUGUGUGUGUGUGUGUGUGUGUGUGUGUGUGUGUGUGUGUGUGUGUGUGUGUGUGUGUGUUU